UUUCGCCUUGAGCCUUAUAAUAUAUAGAGAUGUUUGUUAAGGAUGAUCAGAGAGAUCGGUGAUUCAGGAUUUGGAAGUGAGUUCAUAUUGUGGUGAUGGUACUUGUGAUCACAGGAUGUGGGGUUGUGAAUUAUUGGAGUGGUAUCUGAGUUGGGAGCGACUGAAUUGGAUAUACUUUAGGAUAUCACCUAGUUUUUGUAUUUCCAAGUAUAAUAUUCCAUAUAUUGGAAAGAAGAGUGCUGGCCUGUUCGUAUAUCAGAAUAAAUACAUUAGUAGCUCUGAUCUCAAUGUUUUAUCUAUGAGUAAUGAUGUGGGCCCUUAUGACUUUGCUGAAAAUUAACAACACAGAAGAUUUAGAUUCAAAAGAGAAAUCUAACUUUUUCCUGUUUCAUUAUUUGAUACCAGAAUGUGUAGUGGCAACUCCUUUCUUGAUAAUUGCUUUGUUCUACGUUACUAACAACUCAGAACAAAACGAAAGGGAUAUCGAAGCUGGAAUAGAAAUGCCAAUAAUGCAUCCACCAUCCCUAUCUCCUGCUCGAAUAUUACGUCAACAGAAUCGUACAUUCUAAUUCAUAUUUAAGACAUCUUCACGACACUCUCAAAUAUUU